AAAAGAGAUUGAACAGAAUUGCAAGAUAAAGGAACUGGAGUCCUACGCUAAAAGAAGAUCAAACCUCGAAACCCCAGUCCUCCGAAACUAGAAUCAGCAGUCUACUUUACUGCCUCUUUCUUGAAUUUUCUUGAAGAAGAAGAAGAAAAUGUUGUUUCAAGUAGGAGGACAAGGGACCCGUCCCACUUUCUUCGAGAUGGCGGCCGCCCAGCAACUUCCCGCCAGUCUCCGUGCUGCUCUUACUUACUCUAUUGGCGUGUUAGCAUUAAGAAGACCUCUCCUCCAUAAGGUGUUAGACUAUGAAGAUGAAUUCUUUGCUUUGCUUAUGCUGGUUCUCGAGACACACAGCUUACGAACAACAGAUGCUUCUUUUUCUGAAUCUCUAUAUGGAUUGCGAAGAAGAGCAGUGAAGAUAAGAGCAAAGAAAAACGAUGCUCCUUUGAAGUCAAGGGAUGGAAUUGAGCUCUCUGGGUUAGAAAAGCGCCAAAGAGUUCUUUCAGUUGUAUUUCUGGUUGUGCUGCCUUAUUUUAAGUCCAAACUGCAUUCAGUAUAUAAUAAAGAAAGGGAGGCGAGGCUUCAAGCAAGUCUAUGGGGGGAUGGUGAUGAUACAUUUGAAAGUGCUGAUUUUUUUGAUAGAGGGGAGGGUUCUCUUGUUUCUAGAGGAACUAUGGAUGCAGAGGCAACAGUUAGAUCACGUUUGGCAAAGAGACUUCAGAAGUUUGUAUUUGCUUGCUACCCAUGGUUACAUGCUACUAGUGAAGGAUUGUCAUUCACUUAUCAAUUGUUGUAUCUGCUUGAUGCUACUGGGUUCUAUUCUUUAGGAUUACAUGCACUUGGGAUUCAUGUUUGUAGAGCAACAGGGCAAGAACUGAUGGAUACUUCUUCUAGAAUUUCUAAGAUACGAAAUCGUGAACGCGAGAGACUUCGUGGUCCUCCAUGGUUGAAGGCUUUACAAGGAGCAUUACUGAGGUGCACAUAUACUGUGCUUGACUAUGCACAAACUGGCUUAAUUGCAGCUGUCUUCUUCUUUAAAAUGAUGGAAUGGUGGUACCAAUCUGCUGAGGAGAGAAUUUCAGCUCCAACUGUGUAUCCACCACCACCACCACCUCCACCUCCAAAGGUAGCAAAAGAGGGGAUUCCUCUGCCACCUGAUAGAACAAUAUGCCCCUUGUGCACACAAAAACGUGCAAAUCCUUCUGUAGUUACAGUAUCGGGGUUCGUGUUCUGUUAUGCUUGCAUAUUCAAAUAUGUUUCUCAGUAUAAUCGCUGCCCUGUCACGUUGAUGCCAGCGACAGUUGACCAGCUAAGGAGGCUCUUCCAUGAUGUCUAGGUAUCUUGUUAGAGAUCAUAGAUGUAUAGCAUCCUUGCUACGAAGAAUUCAAUGACAUGCUGAGACACAAGCAACGACUUUGCUAGAUUGUCUAAAUAAUGUAAACUUCAAUUUGAAAUCGAAUCAUAUUAAUACCAGUAGCAUACGACAUUCGACAGCCCCUCUGAGCAAUAAUUGUACCCAUCUGAUGUUCACUUAUUUGAAUUGUAUCCUAGCAAUUUUGUCCCUUGCA